ACUAAAUUUCUACAGGAUAACUUGAAUUGCUGCAUUUACAGUUUUCAUUCUUAGAUGCUAAUAGUAAACGUUACAUUUUGGAUGACGUUUUGGGUGGUAACAGUUAUAUAACAGAACUGAGGUAACAUUUUUAAGACAUUAGAAGAACGAGUUACAUCGAGUAAUACCAUGGAUUGUAUAGAAUGUAGAAAGGUUGGUAUUGAAGACUAUGAUUCUGUUAUGGCUAUCCGGACGGACGUCUAUGAUGGGCUGGACUACCUACCUGCCCUAUACCGGACAAUCAUGACCAAUCACACUGGGUAUGCCGUAUUCGUGAAUGAGAUUAUGGUAGGGUUUGAAUGCGUUUCUCUCAUUGAUGAUGGAGAAACAUUAAUAGCACGUGCAGCACGCAUCCGUAAAGAAUACGUAGGUAGAGGGUUGGCCUAUCAUCUGAGAAACGCCAUUACACGGGACAAUGCAAAUAAACCUAAGCUUAUACGUUCGGUGUACACAUCUGGAAACAAGACUCUCUUACAGAGAGUAGAGGAAGGAAGAGCUGAACUUGUAUUACAGAAGGCGAUCCUGUUCUACAAAGGACUAAUGUCAAAUAUCCUCCCUUCCCUGCCUACCGUUGAUAACACCAUAGUCAGGAUCCUAACCAAGGAAGACCUAAAGAAAUUGCUGUCAUCCAAAACAGACACGGACAAACUGUUCCCACAAAGAAGAAUAAUAGUUGACUGGGUACCGUAUCGUCUGUUGGCAACUAACGUUGAUCACUUCUUCAACGAAUUUUGUCACAUUUUGGGCAGUGAUUUGAAAGACGGCAAGUCAGAAGGGUUAGAAUGCAUUUCACUGGCUGUUGGGUACAGCGUACCUAAUGGAAUUCGAUACAACGUUGAACUCUACGGCAACUUCACCGAAGAAAUCCUGUCAAUUCACAUGGCGGAGCAUCUCGGGAAGUGCUCAACAUUUGGAAAAGAGAACAUCAAUUUAUUGUUACAUUAUGAACAUGGCACACAUGAUGCAGAUGUUCUAACACAAACGAUGCAUCAAUUCGGAAUGAAUGUAUCCAACAACUUUCACUCAAAAGUGAUGUAUGGAAUGGAAGAGCCUAUGGUUCCACUAUCGAAAUAUUGACUGACUUGCUAUCCUUGACACAUGUUUAAUUAGAUUAUGUAAUAUAUACAUUCAUUGUUCAUUCAGCCGAUGUCAUAUCCUUAAAUUUGCUGAGGUCAUUGUUAUAUGUAUCAGGGUGAUAUAAAGUUAUUACCACACGGUGUUACCAAAUAUACUUAGAACUCAUAUAAAAAAUCAAUGACAUUUAAACUGAAACUGAAUGAAAAUCAAUCCUCGUGUUUAGAGGCUAAUAUAGAAAUGAACAGAUUAAGAAAAUUGAUAAAAAGUGACUGUGUCCAUCAUUAACUGAAAUAUUGUUGGCACAGUCUUACUGCAUGCAUCAUUUAACAUGAAAUAACUUGCAUUCUGUUAGGAGGAAGGCAUGGUCGAAAAUGUUUACUACGCAGAAAAUAUAAAAUUUCAUCAUCAUUCUUCUAUAUCAUAUUUGCGUUAUAAUGUCACAAACUGUUAAUAUAUUUAGGAUGAGUUUACAUUUCAUUUUGGAUUUUUUGA